GGGUGUGCAUGUGGGGUGAGGUGGGGUGAGUGCAGUCACCAAGGGGGCCGGCAGCUGUGCGGGUCCUGGGCCCUCACUCACAAUUGGAGGAAGGAAUGCAGGAAGUGCUCACAGCCGCUCAGAUAUCUCAGAGCCUCGUCCCAGGCAGGACCAAGGCUGCAGUACCCUGGGAAUGAGUGUGCCAUGGCCUGGCCCCUGGGGUGGCCACCGGGCCAGGAGCCCACGGCCCUGCGUACAGCCAGAGCUGUCCCUCGCGGAGCCCAGGGUAAGUUUUCACAGCACGAGCAGGCAGCGAGGAGGGCUGCCUGGAGCAGAGGGGAGGCUGGAGCAGAAGACCGGGGAGGGGGACUAAGGAGCCCACAGUCGUUACUGAAGGGCUCAGAUAUCCCUCCCGGAGCAUGACCUGCCUUAUCUCAACAGCACUCUCCCAGCCCGUGCAGAAAAGGAGGCCGAAUGAAAGGGCACUUGUUUCCAAGCAGCACUCCCUGCAUCUGGCCCAGAGCUGCCAUUGCCUCCUCCCCACUUUUGUCCCUGCCCCCAGCACAGGGCCAGGGGUUUGAGAGGCAGCAGAUAGGCUGAUUCAAGGACUGGCCCAAGGUUCCUCCAGGGGAGGAGCCUGGGCUCAUCUCGGAUCCACAGGACGGGGGGAGUAUUUUAUCUUUUGUCUGAGUGUACAAACACUCAUGAACUCCAUAUGCGUCAUCAGAGGGCUGGGUUAGUGAGGUUCCCUCUGAGCAAAGUCUUCUGCCUUCUCCUUCCAGCCCCCUGCAUCCAGGGAGUCUUGAGCUCACAUCUUUCAGGACAGUGCUUCUUCCAGAGCUACCAGGGGAGUUGCCCAUGGCUCUUAGAAACCUGGCCCGAGCCUUAGAAAACAGUGACAGAGACCCCCUGAGAUCGGAGUAGAGCCAUGUGGGGCACCCAACGGCCCAGAGGGGGCACCGGCCAGGGCCUCAGACCGAUAUCUUCUUAGAAGACCAUCGGGAGAGCAGCUGGAGGAGCAAGGGUACCUGCUAUCACCAAGAGCCCCUCGCUUCGGAUGGGGAGCUAAGGUCUGAGACGCAUCCCGGGUUGCUCAGUGGGUCAGUGGCCAAACAGGGCCAUGGAAACGGCAGUGAUUGGAAUUGUGGCCGUGCUAUUCGUGGUCACCGUGGCCAUCACCUGCAUCCUCUGCUGUUUCAGCUGUGACUCAAGGACCCAGGAUUCUCAGGGGGGCCCACGCCCCAGCUUCACGGUGGCCACGUUUCGCCAGGAGGCUUCUCUCUCCACGGGGCCAGGUCACCAUGUCCAGCCAGUGGCGGGUGUCCGGGACUUCUGGACUUUCAUGUGAGACCUACCAGCCCCCAGGAUUUGCUCUGCUGGUGGUCAGACUCAUCUACCCCCCCAGCAAGCCUUCUCUGUUGACCCACUCCUUCAAGCCUGGCAUUCCUGUCCUUCCCUGCCUGUAUCCAGAAAACUCCCUGUCCCAUCCCAUCCCAGCUUGCCAUGGCCUCCAGUCUGGGAGAUCCAUGGUGAUGGGGCCAGGUGGGAGUUAGCUCUGACCCCUGAGAGCUCAGCUGGACCAACCCACAGGAUGGGGCUUAGGAGAGGUCCGGAGCUUGAGUGACCGGGCAGAGUUGGAUGGUAUGGUGGGCCAGCUCUUCUGAGCUUCACGGUGAACUGAAAUAUCACUGGACUUUAUAGUGAACAGAGUGUUGGUUAACUCAAGUUAUCCCAGGAUGCCUAUGAAACUGGUUCUAUUGCCACCAGAGGAAGCAGCUCCCUCAGUGGACAGUUUUACAAACUUAUCUGUUCCUCUAAUUGAGUCAUUUUGCUACUUGCCUGUGCACAUCCUGCAGAGCCCACCCCUGAGAUCUGCCUCCUACCCGUUACCCGAAAUCAGCCCCGAAAUUCUGAAACCAAAGGGAUGCUUCCUGGGAACUGGCAAUGUAUUUUAUAAUUGAAAAUGCAUAUCCUUUUAUGGGUCUCCCAAGAAUCAGGGUUGGGGAAUCACAAAAGGAAACAGAAGAGAAAAAUAGAGUCACAGAAAGUACAAGAUGUUUUAUUAACAGGAAAGCCAGAAAGAAGACUUUGAAACAUAUUUUGAAUGAGACUUUAUUACUAUUUUCUUAUAGGUCACUUCUAUUCUUAGAGACUAAGUGACCUGUGUCACUCAGGAAUGAUAGAAAAAUGAUAGAACUCCAAAUGAUAGAACUGAAAGUUAAUUUCGAAUUAGUUAAAAUGUUAUGUUAUAUUGACAGUAUGUAACAAAGCUCUUGUUUGCAUCACAAAUAAAUAGAUGUUCAGUUUUUAUUUAUAGAAAA